AUGGCGGACAAGAAGCCGCUUUGCACCCCAGCAGAGCUUAUGCUGAAGGUUAUUCUCGCCGGAACUUUGAGUCAUUAUGAGACUCGGGGAAUGAUUGACGAAAAACGCCUUGAGCAUAUGCUUGAAGCGGGAAAGCAGAUCCUCUAUAAAACGCACCAGGAGAGCGAAGUCCGCCACAACCUGGGCAUGUCUCCGGACAUUUGGCAAGGGCUCACUGAUGUUCUUACCAAGGCGAUACCAGUUCUCGAGUCGCAAUCCUUCGCGUGGAAAAGCCCCUCUGCGAGCUACGAACACUCUUCCUCGAACCUUAUUGCUCUGAACUAUUUUUCGUUAGUCAAGGACAUUGAGCGGCUGAAUGACCUCUGCACCAUCGCCCGUAAUUUGCUCGCAACCACCAAGAAAGCACAAAAUCUGGCCGCUGAGAAGGGAUUUGACCAGCGAAUCUUGGCUCUUGUGGAUACAUGUGUGCGAGUUACUGCUAGAGGGUUUGAUGGCGAGACCAAUGCUCGAAAUGAAGAGCGCUGGCAGAAAGUGGUCAACUUAUACAAACGUCUUCUGAUUACCUGCCUCCAAUAUCUCCAUAACUUUAUCAUGCACAAUGAGCACCGGAAAAUGGUUCUCUGGCUCGAUCUUUUUGGGUACCACUCUACCGCCGAUACGAAUAUCAUCAAGCCUACAAAUGCAUUGGACCCAACUGCCCGCGUCGAAGGCGUGUCGCCAAUUGUGAGAACCGGCGAGCGCGUGAUCAACCCUCCGAUUCGGGCCUUAUAUGAUCAGACCGCUGAAGACCUACUUCUGGAGACCAUUGCAAAAUUUCCACGUGAACCUUCUACCAUCAAAGAGGAGGCCGCGAUGUUGCUUUUGGCCAACAUCAAGGACCACAUGGAAAAGAUCCUAGGGCGCGAUCUGACCGAUAUCCAGGAAAUGGGUCGGGAUCCCGAGCAGGUCAAGUAUAUCCGGGCAGCUUUGACCUCAAUACUAGGUGCAAAAGUGGAUGGAUGGUCUGAUCUUCAAGACCGGGCCCGGGAACUGCCGCCGGCACUUCCAGAAGAAGAAGAGCAGGAACCGACUAAGAAGAAGACCAUUCUCACGAUAGACCGCAGCAUGACGGCUGGAUUUCCCCGUCUGUGCUGGGCUGAUAUGCCCGAAGUCAAUGACUAUUCUAUUGAUGUCCCAGUAACAGAUGAUGACACAAGCAUGCCGCGGUCUGCCCAGUCCGCGGCGGAGACGCUGCAAGAAGCCAAGGACGAAUUGAUGGCUCGGCUGCAGGAUACAUCACAGAUCGGUGAAGGCGAUGCUGAUUAUGACACUGGUGAUGCUGGGACUGUUGGUGAGGAUGACGUACAUAGCCUGGAAGGCCAUGCUGAUGGAAGCAUGGACGGUGAUGAUGAAGAUGACGAGGACGAGGAUGAUGACCGGGGAGAUGAUACUGGAGAGGUCGACGACGAAGAAGAAGAUGAUGAUGACUAUCGCGGUCGCCCCGGUGAUCAACAGCGUGGGCUAUUGACUGAUAUUCCCCUAGUUUUGGGACCUGCCGAAAUCGAAGCCCUUCCUAUGAUUGUCCAAGCAGGUAUCGUGGACAGCUUCGGCUUGAAGGGCGGAGAGCGUAAUGGUUCGCGGAACAUGCAAGCUCUGAGAUGCCAUAUUCUUUUGACCCAAGAAACUGGGCGCAAUUUGCUUCGCGAACUCCUGAUUUUUAUUGCAGCAUGGGACCUUCCUGACGACGAGCUCUACUUCAAGAUGAUGGUACAGAUCAUGGAAGCCGUGCUUCGAAAUGGCUUGAUGUCACACGCAUACUCCGAUUUCGGCCAGCCAAAGGACAUUAUCUCCCCUGCUCAAGCGGUGGUUAUUAAAAUCCUCACACACAUCUUCCGUGCCAAAUACUCACCAGCUUCCAUUACUGGAUCCACACAACCUAGUGUUCCUCGGACCCCCGCAUCUCUCAGCCGCGUCGACAUCCUUACUGUUCGAUACAUCUUCACCAUCUUCCGUGGCAACAUUAUUCCGGAGACAUGUGCUCUUAUUUACCUCCAGGGACAAAUACGCGCCGAGCGCGCGUUGCCUGAGGACUUCCCUCUGAAUCUGUGGGAUAUGGAGCGAGUCUACGAGGGCGUGUAUCAGUUCCUGGAAUUCUUUGCCGUUCUCACCGAGAACAAUGACUGGAAGAAUCUUCUUGUGAAAUGGGAGAUUGUCUAUGAUUUGGUCACAUUGAUUAAGGAGCUGGAGGCCAGCAUUCCUAAGGGCCAGUUGAACUCUCUUUCUUUCGGAUCUGUACCCCCUCCGCCACCUCCGCCACCCCGAAGCACCUCUCCGGGCGAUAGCUCGAAGCCUUCGUCUCCCGCUCCAGUCGCCGUCGAGCGUCCCUAUGACCCCGGUGACAUUGACAGCGGUGCCAGCGUCGACUCUCGCCCAGAAUCACCCCCGAUCACUGAGGACCCGUCUGAAUUUGAAUGGCGCAAUCUCAAGAAGCUGGUUGUCCUGGUUCUCUCAUCGCUGGUCUGGAAGUGUCCUGAAGUCCAGGAACAGAUUCGCCGGUAUGGUGGUGUAGAAGCAAUUCUUUGCUGCACAGCGUUCGAUGCUCAUAACCCCUAUAUCAAAGAGCACGCUGUGAUGUGUCUGAAAUUCCUACUGGAAGGAAACCGUGAAAAUCAGCGUCUGGUCGAAGAGCUUGAGGCUCGAGAGGUUGUUAAAGACGACAACGGCAUUUUGGAGAGAAGUGGAUUUGAGGCCAUGAUUGAUAAGGCUGGUAAACUUGCUAUUCGGUCGAAGGAUGCUAAUGAACCAACUUCAUCUUGA